AUGGAUAAGAUAUUUAUUACACAUUUACAAAAUCAAUCAAAUAACGUCAAAAAAUGUGUGCUUGCAUCAAUUCUAAUAUAUGGCAAGAACACGCAGACAACAUUCCCGGAAUGCAUAGGGGUUAAAGUAUAUUAUAAAAGUAAAUGUUUUAUAUGCAUUAUAUAUAUCUGGCAGCAUUUACCAAUGGCUCAAUCGGUUUCAGGCGGUAUUAACUUUGGGAUAAGAAUUUAGAUAUGAAUAAAUCGUAGUAAUUGGAAAUACUUUUGCAUUACUCAUGUGUUUAUUUUUGUUUUUAAGCCAACUAAAAGUUGCAUAUAGAUGCCAAGUAAAGUUUCUACAAAAAUGACGGAAAAGCACACAAAUAUUUCCGCUGCUUCUGAACUGGUGGAGAUCCAACUUCCUGCUGGAUUUGCAGCAAUGGAAACUCAAGUUGCUGGUCAUACGUUUGAUACAUCUUCUUUAGGUCUUUUGCAAGACAAGGGUGGCUGCGUGCUUAAACCAUUAGGCAAGCCGGAAUGUGGAGAACGUGAGAAGAAUUUUUAUGAAAAUCUUCAAGAAGCUGAAAAAUCAAAUGAUUCAAAUAUAUUGCAGCUGCUUAGUUCAUUUGUGCCAAAAUACCAUAAAACAGUGACAUUGGUUGUUAAUAACCGUCAGCACACUUUCUUGAAAAUGGAAGAUCUCACAAAAGGUAUGCGAAAACCUUGUAUAAUGGAUAUUAAAGUGGGUAAGCGAACUUGGGAUCCUAUGGCAUCUGAACAAAAACGUCGUGUAGAAGAACAAAAAUAUUUACGCUGCAAACAAGUUUUGGGGCUUUGUAUUCCGGGCUUCCAGGUUUAUACGCACAAAGAUUGCAAAGUGCUUCGCUUUAGCAAAGAGUAUGGUAAAAAUUUGGAUUGUGAUGGUUUCCGCGCGACAAUUGCACUCUUCAUAAAUGCUCAAAAUGGAGAAGUUUAUAGACCACUGGUUUUUGAAAUAUUAAAAGAGUUAUACAGAAUACGAGAAUGGUUUAAGGUGCAAACAGUAUACAAUUUCUAUGCAAGUUCCUUAUUGAUAGUAUACGACUAUGAACUCCUGGAAAAAUUCCUACUUCAAAAUAAUUCACACCAAGGUAAUGGCAUUUCACAAUUGACAAAUGGUGAUAUAGAGGAUAAUCGUAGCGUAAACCUAAAUGCACCCGAAAACACUGAAUAUAAAGCAAGUGGUGCACAAUGGGUUAAAGUAAAAAUGAUAGAUUUCGCACACGUUUUUCCCACAACAAACCAGUCUUUAGAUACCAAUUAUAUUUUCGGAUUAGAAAAUCUAAUCGUGGUAUUCGAAGAACUGAUGAACCGAUAACAAAUUUGGCACAAUAAGCAAUCUAAAAUAUUUUGCAUAAAGACUUUCUGGAAGACUAUUGUUAUUUAUACCCCUUACAUACACAACAUUAUGACCCAAAAUGUCGCCAAUAACUCUUGUAUAUAUAUAUAUAUAUAUAUGUUUCCGAACAAGUAUAGGAAUUCUAAUAUAAUUGAAUAUUGUUAAUAAAACAGGAGAAAAGUAUUAAUGAAUAAAAUAAUAAAUUUUCUAA